GUUGGUCCCAUUGGUGCUUGCAUAACAGUUCUUGUGACUGUAACCGGUAUACAGUAACUCUUUCGGAUCUGUGAAUGCCAUGUCGCUCUUCAAGCCUUUAGAAAACGAGGAAGAUAUCAGAGGAAGUCGUGUUAUGUUGGGCAGACAUAAAAGAACAAGAAGACAUUCAAGUUUGCGCAGACGGCUGAGGAGUAGAACGUACAUCACAAGAAAGGAGCAAAGCUACGAUUUACUUCAGAAUUCUACCUAUUCGUACCUUGUCGUAUCUGAUUUUUUUCUCAUUCUCACAUCGCAACUCAUUUGCGCACCAAAUUUUUCUUCUGCAUGCCUUAAUCCCCUUACUUUUUCCAUCUGAACACCUCUUCUAAUAACGUUCAUAUGAUAAACUGCUGUUCAUUAGCUGUUGGAUCUGGUGUUUGCCUUCUAUUUCGAGGGAGGGAACAGCCCGGCGUUAUGCUAAUGAAAUAGCUCAUGUUUGCACCAACCAAGUAGUUUUUUUCAAUGUUCAAAUAUUCUCGGGUAUUGUCAAUAAUUUAUAUUUUGCAUUGUCAUUUUUCCCAUGCC